AUGGCAUGGGUUGUAGCUGCAAGCUCUCUAUUUCAUAGCUUGAAUACCUUACGACCAGCAGAGAAAGCGGAACUGGACGAACUGGUAUACGCUGAAUCGGGAUUAUCGCUGAAUCCUCAUACCGUGAGGAAGAGACAAAAUUUACAGACUCUUCUGGAAGAGCAUCCUCUGGUGGACAAGGAGAUAAUUCUUUGGCACGACGUACCAGGUGAAAAAUUAUGUGAAAUUGAAGCUGCUGCAAAAUCAUACGCUAAACGUGUGCGGCAAACACCGUCGGAUAGAGGGAUUGAGAAAGCCAGGAAGUAUUUGAAGGACAAUGGUCUAUUGGCAGUCCCAUUCGAUAAAGGUGUUGGCUUCUGUGUAAUGAAGAAAACGACAUAUGAGGCUAAACUAACUGAGCUGCUGCAAUCGGAACAAUUUAGCGAAAAACCAGGUUUAACUGAUAGUGUUGUUAUGAAAAUUGAGAAAGACAUCAACAAAGAACUGUUGGCCAUGAAAAAGAAAGAUGAGAUCGAUGAGGCACUGUAUAGUAGGCUUAGGUCCACGGGAGGGCAGCCAGCUCGUUUAUAUGGAUUGGCUAAAGUACAUAAGAAAGGAACCCCUCUCCGUCCCGUACUGUCACUGCCAGGGAGCUCAUAUGAACAUCUAAAUAAAACUUUGGCCAAAUUUUUUGACAACAUUGAGGGGGCAAACAUUGAGACAAACACACAAAUGGCUCGGGAGAUCAUAGAGAACAUAGAUCUAGACUAUAAUGAGAGUAUUAUCUCCCUGGAUGUCAAAAGUUUGUACACUAAUGUCCCACUAAAGGAGGCAAUAGAUAUAGCACUGAGGAAACUGUACGAACAAACUAGUCCUCCUAAACUGGCACGCGGAACUAUGAAGAAAUUGUUGAACAUGGCUAGAUGUAAAGAGCAGCGAGAUCAAGAAAAACCAACAGAAAAUGUCAAAGCGUUCCUAAGAUAUGUAGAUGAUAUAGUGAGGACGGUAAAAGGGGAUCCAGAUAUAGUGUUAAAAGCAGCUAAUGAGCUCCACCCCAACUUACAAUUCACUAUCGAAAAUCCGGAUUCGAACGGAGACUUAGCCUUUCUAGAUUUGAACAAUAAUGUGGACUCACGAAAAAAGGGAUGUAUGGAAGACGUUUUAAGAAGAAAUGAACUGGGAGCAGUCCCAUCAGAAGUAUUUCUGAGAAUCCACAACAACAACAACAACAACAACAACCCAGGAACGACGGUGGCCGAGGAAGAAAAUAGUAAAGCCGACUAG